AUGAAUUUUAUUUCUCUCAAUGUUAGAGGUGUUAGAGGGGGAGUUAAAGCAGGGUGGGUUAGGGAUCUAAAAUUUAAAAGCGGGGCUAGUUUUAUCGCUCUUCAGGAGACAAUGGUGUUGGGUAUAUCGACUAGUUCGAUGACAGGUUUCUGGGGCAAUUUUAAGUUUGAGCUUGAGUCCGUUGAUGCUACUGGAACUUCGGGUGGUCUGGUGAGUAUGUGGGAUCCUAGUAUGUUCAAACUGGGGAACUCAGUAAAAGACAGGAAUUUCAUUUACCUUUCUGGGAAGUUGGUGGGCAGUGGGGAAACUAUCAACAUUUUCAAUAUAUAUGCCCCUCAAAGUACGUCCGCUAAACUCAGGUUGUGGGAGGCUCUAUCAGCUCUAAUUCUUUCAGCUGAAGGUAUGUGUUUACUAAUGGGGGAUUUCAACGCGGUUCGCCUUGUGGAGGAGAGAAAGAACUCCUGUUUUAAUCCGGUUUGCGCCCGUAAUUUUAAUGACUUCAUCUUUAGUUGCGGUCUCUUAGAGUAUAAUAUGCAGGGUCGCCGUUUUACAUGUUCGAGAGAUAACGGAAAAAAAUUGAGUAAAAUUGAUAGAGUUUUGGUUUGUGCCGAGUUUUUUAAUAAAUGGCCUAACGCUUGCUUACGGGCUCACCCGUGUGUCUUCUCCGAUCAAUGCCCGUUGUCUCUUGAGGUUGUAGACGUGAAUUUUGGUCCUCGUCCUUUCAGAAUCUUCACCUCUUGGAUUGGGCAAUCUGGCUUCGAGGAGGCUGUUUUAGAAGCAGUAGUUGGAGGGGAUCCAAAUGACCCACCAGACAUCGCGCUUUCUAAAAAAUUUUUUUCGUAUUCGCAAAAGGUUAAAAAGUUGGAGGGAUGA